UUUGACAUCUUCUACCUUCAAAUCAAAAUGACUGAUAAAGUUGUAUCACCAGUAGUUGCUUCCGCAACGGUAUCUUCUGCUCCUGUAAAAGCAGAAGUAGCCAAGAAAGCAACCAAGGAGAAAAAUUCAAAGCCUAAACCAACUCAUCCCAGUACUGCUGACAUGGUGAAUGCGGCUGUCAGGACCCUCGCCGAACGUAAUGGAUCUUCUCUGCAAGCUAUCAAGAAGUACAUCGCUUCUAAUUACAAGAUUGAUACCACUAAACACGCACUCUUCAUCAAGAAGUACUUGAAAUCGGCAGUCGCUGCAGGCACUCUUGUCCAAACUAAAGGAAAUGGAGCAUCUGGAUCGUUUAAACUGGCAGUGAAGAAGAGUGACGUAUCGAAACCGAAAACCAAACCGGUUGCCGCUAAGAAAGAAGCAUCCCCGAAGAAGGUUACUCCGAAGAAACCUGCAAAGAAGAUUGUGGACGCAAAACCUACGGCAAAGAAAGCCGCUUCAACCAAGAAAGCUUCAGUGAAGAAACCAGCUACUGAGAAAGCCACCAAACCGAAAGUAGCGAAAGCUGCAGGAACGUCGAAGAGUCCUAAAGCUAAGAAAGCUUCCAAAGGACCGACUGCCAAGCCGAAAAUCCCCAAACCGAAAAAGACGGUUCCUGUGAAGACCAAAGCGGCACUUAAGAAAGUAUCUUCAAAAAAGUGAAUGCAACACAGUAAAUCGAUUCAGCUGAUUUUAAACAAACGGCCCUUUUCAGGGCCAAUAACCAUUCAUAAACGUAGAAUUACUAAUUAGAGCUACUAUAAUACAUUGAUUUCAGUAUAGCUGCACAGAAGAUUUAUAUUUAGCUCGAUGAAAAGUAGGAGAAAUUGAAAAAUUUGGAUCCUUAAGAGUAAUUUCUAUCUUAGAAUAACAAUAUUCACUCUGUCCACUCUUCUGAUAACAAAACGUAAAUUUUCUUUGUGGGCGUAGUAAAAAUAUAGCAGGUGCAUUUCGGCUAGAAAACAACUUGCCAUCCUUGAUGCAUAUACCAUUUUUUACAUAUGUAUCACUCCACGACAAAUUUCAGUUGAGAUAAUUGGUAAUGUCAAUUAUUAAUCCUGUUCAUUGUUACAGAUUAUUUGGAUGUUUGAGAAUCGAUAUUUUAUGUUUUCACACUGAAUCGUAUUCAACAUUUUUUUUAUCUGAUUGAAAAAAUUCAUAAAUUGAUAAUAAACUUAUAGAUUGAAUUGUUCAUUUAAAUUCAACAUAUUGUAGGAAAGACAUUCACUUGUAUUCUUAAAAAUGUAAGUUCCGUGUCUCUGUCUAUUUAUUUCGCAAGCUAUCUAAAUGUAGAUUAAAAAGCGGAAUUUAUUUCAAAUGUAUAAAAUUGAAUCAAUUGAAAUAUUGUCAAAUUAAAAAAAACCCUAUUGAUGAAAUAUUGAAUUGAAGAAAAUAUUCAUAAUUAUUGUAGCAACUACUAAUCGGUUAAGAAAUUGAAUUGGCGACGUUAUGAUCAUUUUUUGGCCCUGAAAAGGGCCGAUUGUCUUUGUUGAAGUUGAGAACAACUUAAGCUCGCUCUCCACGAAUACGACGAGCCAAUUGGAUGUCCUUUGGCAUAAUAGUCACUCUCUUGGCAUGAAUAGCGCAAAGAUUGGUGUCCUCGAAGAGUCCGACAAGGUAAGCUUCGCUGGCUUCUUGAAGUGCCAUCACAGCUGAACUUUGGA